UGUAUAAUGGAGAUAAUUUCUCUUAUCGAACCAUCAUUUAUUAGAUUUUUUGUUAAAUUUAGACUACAGUUGUACAUUCUUUUACUUUCUCAAGCUCACUUUUGUAUAUUUGUUUCUUUAAUGUCUAAAGUUCUAGCCCUACCACAUACUUUUGGAAGAACCUGCACUUUUGAGAAAGGAUUCGAGGAGGAUUGCGCGUUGUGGAAUUUUGUUAAUUCAAAACAAUCUUAUCUACAAAUGCAUAAUAAUACAUAUUUUGAUAAUAAUAACACUUCAACAACAUUGUCUAUAUAUAAUUUCCGCAUUAUGGGUGGCCAUGACAUUAAUUCUAAUCAUUAUGCUUACUAUCGUUUUUCUAAUGAUAUGAACGAAUCUCAUGUUGCUAUGAUAGUUAGUCCAUUUUUUGCUCACACUGAUACACAAUGCGAAUUGCGUUUUCGGUUUAAUCUGAGAGCAGAUUCCAGGUCUGGAGCCGGGUUGUUAGUUACAACGGAGCAGUUGUCACUCAGACGUUCAUUUAGCAAUUCAAAAGAGUCGACCUCUAAUGGCAACCAAGCAAUGGAUGAGGAAGAUGAGGCAGAUUGGAUUCGGCCUAUAUUAAGGGAACGCUUCGAACCGGAUACUUCGACUGAUGCUUCUGCGAUAUGGUCUCAUGGGCGAGUUCUUCUUGGGCAAUUUGAUUUUCCAACACGAAUACGAAUUGAAUGUCAUCCCUCUACAACAGCUAUGUCAGAUGGUGGAGUUCUCAAUGUUGAAUGCAAAAUUGAUGAUUUACAUUUGAUAAACUGUGCAGAGAAAGAAUGGAGAUCUACUGAUGAUAUGAGUGCAUGCCCAAAAGGAAGAGAUUCAUGUCGUCCUUUUGGGGCAGAUCAGCAGAAGCGAAUUUGUCUGGAUGAUUAUCAAAUUUGUGACAUGCAUGCUGAUUGUGCUGAUGGUGAGGACGAGUCGGAUGAGCUAUACAAAUGCUUUCAAGUACCUGAAGGAGCUCGCUGUGAUUUUGAAGACAUGCGCUGGCUGCCAGCAGGAUGCGCACAAUGGCGUUUCUUCAGCAGCCUAUCAGCAGGCCGAUACAAAAGCAGAAAUGAUUCUUUUGGAUUAUUGACAUCAGGAACUACAUCACAUUUAAAAAUGGACAAACACAACGACCUGGAAUUCCACCCAGUGAGAUUCUAUUACAACGAGGGACGACUCUUCAAACCGGGCCAUUUUUUAUUUUUUUCAAGGUAUUCGUUUGCUUUGUCUCCACCAUUACCUAUCCAGAGAAAUCCUGUUGAUUCAACGCGUCAGUGCAUGUUGCGCUUUUUCUAUUGCCUUACUGGAUUUAGUCCAUUUCAAAUAUUCCUUCAAUUACGUGAUAAGCCAAAAGAAGUUGCUAAACCACUUUGGGCUCCACCUCACGAUGAACAUGUCCGUGAACCAUGUGAAUGGCAUCGAGUUUCCGUUCAUAUUAAAACCGAAUCGUUGCUCAUCAAUGAAGAUUAUUCCCUCAAGUUAGGCUUCGCCAAAUUGGCCGGUUCUAUGGGUUCAAUUGCUAUUGACGAUCUGUCAUUGAGUCCGGAUUGUUUUGGAGUUAGAUACUCUUUGCUUCCUGCGGUGCUUUCAAUUAUUGAUGAAGAGCAACGUGGUAAUGUUAGUGAAUGGAUUGUACCAUACACAGGAGAAUAUCGGUUGGAAAUGGCUGGCGCUCCAGGUGGCAACUUUGUUGGCGAAGCUAGCGAUAACCAUGCAACUUGGGCUGAUAGUUUAGCGGUAAACUUACGUCUGAAUGCCGGCCAGCAAGUUAAAUUAUUUUUGGGACAAGAAGGCAGAUGUAUUUGUGAUAAAAACAGAGAAAAUCUUAUGGGUGAUCAAAAGGAUCUAAGUGAGAAGCUUUGUUCAUUAACAGCCGACGAUCUGAACAGCGUAAUCAGUGACUCAUUGAGUUUUCCAGGCUGUAGCGGUGGCGGUGCUACUAUAUUAUUUAUUGGAAGCAAUCCUGUUGUUAUAGCUGCUGGUGGCGGUGGUGCUUUCCCUUUAAAUCCAAUCCAGAUUGACAAACCCGGACAACUACCAACGAUUCUAUCAGCCUCAAAUGGACUUUCAAUUUCUGAUCAUAUAAGUGAUCAACAGCAUACACGGUUUGAUAAGUCAAUUCUUCUGGAGCAGCGUCAUUGUCCACCAGGGAGCAGAUGGAAUUUACCUGGCGGAAAAGGUGGAGGAGGAGCUUCCUGCAACGCAGGUGGAGGGGGUGGUGGCGGUUAUCAAGGUGGUUCUGGUGGAUUAGUUGGGCCUGGUUUGCCAGGAACAAGUGCAGUUAUCCGUACAAAUGAUAUCAUAGGCGAUCAUUUAAUUUUAACAAAAAGUAAUCCAAACCGUGCUUUUGCUUCCAUUAUAGCCUGCCCACAACGUGAUUGCCCAUCGGGGUCAAAUUGUACAUUUGGAACAAUAACGACACUUUCCGAACAAAGAAAUGGAUCUAUAUCACAACCAAAAUGUAUAUGCCCUGAUGGGAGUGUUAUAGAGCCUAAUAGUUCAAGUAUCUGUCAGAUCGGUAAUUCUCCAAUACUUUACAAUAUUUUUGGCCAACUAUCAGUUACCGUUCAAAGAUUUAUAGCUGAAAUUGACCGUUUUAAAUUUUCAAUAGCUUGUCUGCUUGUUAUCUCAAUGUUUCUAUCGCUGAUAUGCUGUUUCAAAAUAAUAUAUCGUGCACGUGGUUGUGGAAAGAAACUCAGUCCGAGCCCAUCUGCUGAUGUGCAUGAGCUAAUUGCUAUUGUAUCUGGUAAAGAUAAUAGACCUGUCGCUAGCAACAACGACAAUUGCUUGUAUAGUGAUACCAACUUUGGCAUAAGCGGUAAUCCAAUUUACGAAUCAUUGAGUUUAACUCCACUAAAGCAGAUUCCUAGACACUCGCUUAAAUUAGACAAGAUAAUUGGCCAUGGAGCUUUUGGUGAAGUAUUUGAAGGUUGGUUAUUGAUGGGAGAAGGUGAUAGUUCCUUUAUCGAUGACAAUUCAUCAAAAGAUAACAAAUAUAAUGAGAAAAUAACAGCAGUCAAAGUUGCUAUAAAAUCCUUACCAUUGGAGUCAGCACGUGAUUUUGGCGAUGAUUUUGAAACAGAAGCUCGCUUGUUAAGUCAGUUCAAACAUCAGAAUAUAGUCACUUUUUUUGGUGUCUCGUUCGAGCAGCAACCAAAAUUAAGUUUCAAUAAACAUUUGUCUUCUGACCAUGUAAGCAACUCCGAAGCCUUGGAUUCAACAAUGUUGAGAACUGGCGAUCUUUUGGGAUUUUCUUUAGAUAUAGCACGUGGCUGUCAACAUCUAGAAGAAACGCGAUUUGUUCACAGAGAUAUUGCAGCAAGAAAUUGUUUACUUACAUCUAAAGUGGGCAAUAGAAUUGUUAAGAUCGCGGAUUUUGGAAUGGCUAGGGAUAUUUACAGGUUUUUAUCGAAUUUAAUAGAGAUUCAUUUAAUUGUAGGAAUGACUACUAUCGAAAAGGAGGGAAGGCUUUUCUCCCAGUUCGAUGGAUGCCACCUGAAGCUUUUUUGCUUAUUCUAUAAAGUUUUAUUACAGGAUGGGUUGUUCACUUCAAAAACUGAUGUUUGGGCUUAUGGAGUUUUGCUAUGGGAAAUCUUUUCGCUUGGUUACAUUCCAUAUCCAGGACGUGAUAAUUUAGAGGUAAUGAGGCUUGUCGUUGCUGGUGAUCGGCUUGAUCCCCCAAUCGGUAUUCAAGAUGAGAUUUAUGAGCUGAUGCUCCGCUGUUGGAAUACAGAGUCUGAGCAGCGUCCAAAAUUCGCAGAUUUGGUCUGCAAAUUUGAGAAUUUACUUAAAAAAAAUGAUCUUGUUGCAGAACCGAUUCCCCCAAUGAGAAAUCGUUUGAUUAAUGAGCGCUCAGUUUCUGGCACCCCAUCAAUGAGUAGUCGUGCAUAUGAUGCUCAACCUACUAGCACGAUAUCAAGAGCUACAGCUUCAACUGGAGUCUAUUCAUCAAAUAGUGGGGCUGGGGCAUGUAGUUCCACGUCAACAUAUGAAACAAUGCCUAUCAUCGUGGAGAGAGUUGACAGAAGGUGCUUUCGAUGGAAUCGUAGGCCCUCAUUGCCCGAUACGACUUUACCUAAUGAACAGAGGGACCACUCAUUGCCUCCUUAUCCCUCGAUGAGAACAACAAGAUAUUGUGAUGAUCAAGACUCGGGUAUCGAAUCAGCGCGUUCUUUUGGUGGGUACGCUAUCCAGAUUAGCGAAAUUGAAAAAGCUCAAAAAUAG